UCCCCAGGAUUCUCUAGAUCACACUUUGAGAACCACUGGUCAAGGGUUUCUGAGGCAAAGCUGGCUCAUGCAUUUAACCAAUACUUUAAAUAUCUUGGAAGUUAGAACAAUUGCAGUCAAAUAUAGAAAUAUUAAAUUUCACCUGACUAAAUUCAGCCCAUGAUACAAACUUUAAAUAUCUUUUUGCAUCCUAACACUUAAUCCGUUGAGAAUUAUCCCUAGAAGCCUUCCUUUUAUCUACUGGAUCUUUAUGGUCAGUAUGGGGCCUCUGGUGAGGAACUUCCUCUACCGAAUAUAGAUCUGCGCUUAAAGGUUAAGUGACUUUUUCAGGAUAACACAGCCAGUAGGUAUCAGAGAUGGGAUUUUAGCCCAGAUCUUUCUAUCUCCAUGGCAACUCUGUCUUCUAUGUUUUCUGCCUUUCUUCCAAGCCAGCUAUGUAAUCAGUUGAUAAAAUUGGGAAUAACACAUCAUUAAAAAAAAAAAAAGAUUACAGAAGUGUUCAAAAAAAAAAAGAUUACAGAAGUGUUCAACACCUCCUUCCAACUUGAUUUCAACUCAUUAAUGACUUCUUUUUGGGUGCUAUUAUUUAAUAAUUUCUGAAUUCAUUUUAAUGUGUAGUUAAGAUCUCAACAUCUUCAAUUAUUAUAGCAUUGAAUAAUAAGUAUCUACUGCAAUGACAAGUCAUUUUUAGUAUACCCAAGAUAUCUUAUUCCUCACCCUUUCUUUUUCUUCCUUCUUUCCUUCCCUCCAAUUUGAGAGUCAGAAUUUAUUUUCUCCUGAUGUACCAGAAGAAAAUGAAUCAGAAUUCUGGCAUGCUACUUUUUAAAAAUGAUUUUUACUGAUGUCUUGUGUUUUUUGUCAUAUUGGUUAUCUGUCAUAUCUCUUUCCCUUCCCAGAGAGCCAAAUCAUAAAACUUUUUUUUUUUUUUAAGACAAAAUAUAUCAGCACAACUGAUUGGUUUAUUGGAAAAAUCUGAAAACUUGUGCAAUGUGUAACCACUGUAUCUCUCACAUUAUUGAAAGGUUGUGCUGGAGGUGAUCUCAUAUAUUUGAGUUAUAUUUUCUUUUGAAUUAUACUUGUAGCAUGCUACUUAAAAUGUUACUCACUUGUAUUGUACUUUUUGAAUUUACCAAACUUUGUGGUAUAAUGACCCCAUGGCAUUCAAAGAGGUCAUUAUCUUUUUUUUUGAAUCUAUUAGUCAAUUUGCUUUCCCUUUUCUCUAUGAUAGCAAACUAUGUUUCUUUGGUGAAACUAUUCUUGAAUGAUAUUAGAUGUUAAAAUAUAAGCCAAUUACCAAAUUCUAUAUAUAAAAAAGUAAGUAAAACUUGGAUAUAAUGGAUCAGAGCAAAUGAUUUAGAAGUUAUAUUCCAUAUAUUUUUUUGCUGUGUGUUUGGUUUGUGAAGGAAAUCCAGUUGUGUCCCAAGGAUUGCCCUGAUUAAAAGGAUUUUCUUAUUGCUCUCCAUUUAUAUCUCUUUUUUUCCUGCCUUUUUGGGGUUCUCCAUCCUCUGUCUUCCUUCAAAACUUGAGCAGUUGAUAAAUGGCUUUGUUGCUUUGAGAGUGUAAAUAUGUAAAUAUUUUCCUUGACAUAACUCACUUUUUUAGAACUAUCUGCUUUUUUACUCAGAAAAGAGUACUCUUUUAAGUAUGCUUGAUGGCAGUGUUCUCAAAUUUUUUAUUUAAGAAAAAAAAAAAAAAGGAGAAAAGACCCAUUGGGCUACUUCAUCCAUUUUUAUUCAUGAAAAGAUAAAAGGAAUCUCUGAGGAAGAAGCAUCAGAAUAGAAUGGUCUGAGGAGGAAGAAGAAUCUGCUUAUCCUCCAAGGAAUCAUGUUGUGAAUCCACACAUUACAGCAGGAUGAAACGAAGUGGGAAAGACAUUGGGGUAAUCAAAACUUCUUCAGAGGAGGACAGUAGAGAACAAUCCAAGAAACGGAGGACUACCAAUGAGCAUUCUCAAGCAUGUGAUUGGGGUAAUCUCCUUCAGGACAUUAUUCUACAUAUAUUUAAAUACUUACCCCUUCUCGAUCGGGCUCAUGCAUCACAAGUUUGUCGAAACUGGAAUCAGGUAUUUCAUAUGCCUGACUUGUGGAGGUGCUUUGAGUUUGAACUUAACCAACCAGCUACAUCUUAUUUGAAAGCUACACAUCCAGAGCUAAUAAAGCAGAUUAUUAAAAAACAUUCAAACCAUCUACAGUAUGUCAGUUUCAAGGUGGACAGCAGCAAGGAAUCAGCUGAAGCAGCUUGUGAUAUUUUAUCUCAACUCGUAAAUUGUUCUUUAAAAACACUUGGACUUAUUUCUACUGCUCGGCCAAGCUUUAUGGAUUUACCAAAGUCUCAUUUUAUCUCUGCACUGACCGUUGUGUUUGUAAACUCCAAGUCAUUGUCAUCACUAAAGAUUGAUGAUACACCUGUAGAUGAUCCAUCCCUCAAGGUACUAGUGGCUAACAACAGUGAUACACUCAAAUUGUUAAAAAUGAGCAGUUGUCCUCAUGUCUCUCCAGCAGGUAUCCUUUGUGUGGCUGACCAAUGCCAUGGCUUACGUGAACUGGCCUUGAACUACCACCUCUUAAGUGAUGAGCUGCUUCUUGCUUUGUCUUCUGAGAAACAUGUCAGAUUAGAACACUUGCGCAUUGAUGUAGUCAGUGAAAAUCCAGGACAGACACAUUUCCAUACAAUUCAGAAGAGCAGCUGGGAUGCUUUUGUCAGACAUUCACCUAAAGUAAAUUUAGUGAUGUAUUUUUUUUUGUAUGAAGAAGAAUUUGACCCAUUCUUUCGUUAUGAAAUUCCUGCCACCCAUCUUUACUUUGGCAGAUCAGUAAGUAAAGAUGUUCUUGGCCGUGUUGGAAUGACUUGUCCUCGUUUAGUUGAACUAGUAGUAUGUGCUAACGGAUUACGACCACUGGAUGAGGAAUUAAUUCGCAUUGCAGAACGCUGCAAAAAUUUGUCAGCUAUUGGACUAGGUGAAUGUGAAGUCUCUUGCAGUGCUUUUGUUGAAUUUGUGAAGUUGUGUGGUGGCCGUUUGUCUCAGCUAUCCAUUAUGGAAGAAGUCCUAAUUCCUGACCAAAAGUAUAGUUUGGAGCAGAUUCAUUGGGAAGUAUCAAAGCAUCUUGGUAGAGUUUGGUUUCCAGACAUGAUGCCCACUUGGUAAAGAUCUUAAGCCAAAAGGCACUUUUAAUAGCACCUUAAAUUUGAGCAUACCAUAUUGUUAAAAAGAGGGGAGGGGAAGCUUAUUUAACAUGGUUUUAAAAUAAUUAUAUGACUGGCAUAGAAAUUUGGUAUUUUCAGUCAGUGACUAAACAACAGGCAUAAAUAAUGUGGAAGAUUUCAUGGGCUAGGUUUGGUCAAAAAAAUCUGUUUCGUUAGCCCAGUAGCAGUCAGAUGUCAGUAGAAAAUUUGGUAGUGAUUCAAAUAUAAGAAUAAUCAGCAGUUGUAAAGUUUAAACAUGUUAAGUAUGCGAAACUUGUCUACUACAGAUUAUGACAUCCAAGAAGUAGUAAUAGAUUUCCAAAAAAUGUUUUGUUCUCUAUGCAGUUUUUUAAAAUGUAAAAUUGACAAUUUUUAGGGUCUUCAUACACCUGUUAUAAGGUGUCAGACAUAGCUCAGGAAGAUAAGAUUUGUUGGGACAUGGGUGUAGGUAUGUUUUGUUCAUGAAGAUUGGCCAAAUUUUUGCAGUUUUUACACAGCCCAGUUUUUUCUUACUGAACAUGUUUCUUGAGGGGGGGAAAUAUGUAUAUGUUUAUUAGGUAAAUAGUAAAUUUAACAAAGUGGUUGUUGUACAAGAACACAAAUUAGAGCCAAGAUCAAACUACCACAAGGCAAAUGCACAAAGAGUAGAAUGAAAAGCAUUUAAUUUACAUUUUGGAAAUUGCUUUGUAAUCUACUAACCUUAUAAAGUCUAUCUUGUACUAUGUUAUUCUGUAAAUUGCACUUGAGUCAUUUAUUUGUAUGCGAAGUAAGGAAUAUUUAAACCAGUUUUCUUUGGUUUUUGUAUAUUGUUUAAACUAGUUUUGAGGUUAUGUUGUAUCUGAAAUUCAUAAUGGCAAACUAUUUAAAAAGCCAAAUCAAAAUCAUAAUUAAAAGUAAACUCUAAAUUGUUUAUAAAUUGUAUAAAAGAUGAUCAGAUUGUAAUAAGUAAGUCUUAAUGGUGACUUAUUUUUCUUUUAGAGAUUGUACAGCUAAAUUGUGUAAGAUAUUUUGGUUUUUAUUAAUCAUACACGGAGCUCCAAAUGUAUAUUUUUAGAGUGAGCUAUAAUAAAUUUAAAAGGCAUAUUUAAGUUUAUAUUUUUUGAGUGAAUAUUGCUAAGUGGAUUAACAAAAGACAGAAGUUUCGGUAGAUUAUUGUACUUGGUAAUCACAUCAGUUUAAAUGAGUUAUUUUCUAAAUGAAGUUUUUGUUACUUCAAAGUAUCAUUUUAAAUUGUCACCACUUAUACAAAGGUAAUGGUAUAUUGUAUAGCCCGUAAAAAUAUGAAGUUUUAUCUUCAAACACCUGGAUUUCUUAGUCUUUACAUAACCUUGCUUCUGGGGACUAAUGCCAAAUAUUUCCCUUUUUGGGAGAAAUUGGAAGCGCACUAACUAUCCAUUUUUUUAAAAGUAUUUUUUUCCCAAAACUAUAAAUUGAUGCUUGAAAGUACUUCAUCAUUGUUUCAGAAACAGUUUGUCUUAGUUGGCAGUUGUGGGUGUUAUUUAUAAAUUUUAUCUAUUUCAAAAUAGGAUUGCAUAUUGAUUAGGGCAGUUUAAGGUCUUCUAAAUAAUUUUGAUCCGCCUUAGGAUUUUGAAACAAGAACUUAAUCUUCAGCUAUAUGUAAAUAAGCAGAAACAAUAUAAUGGCCCAAAUUUAAAAAUUAGUAACAAGUAAACAAUAAUAGUUUUUAUAUGCUCAUGUGCACACAAACAUAUCUGCUUGACUUUUUAACAGAAAUAAUUAUGAAAUACUUGGAGUAUUUUAAAAGAACAUCUUCAGUAAAUGGAUUUGACAAACAUACAUUCUAAUAACCAAAGCUUUAUUUGAAAAUUUACGCUUUGUAAAAAUUGAUUUGUAUUAUGCUUGAGAUACUUAAUUUCAAUUUAUAAAAAUAUGCAUAGCCUUUAAGAUAAAUUUUUACUUAUACUUUAUAUGCUCAAUAUUUUUUUGUCUAUUUGAAAAUAAAGAUAGUUCUUAAUUCUGAUGUAUUACCAUAAACAACUACAUAAGCAUUUUAAAAUUAUUUUCUGACUUUAAAACUCAAGUUUUAGACCCAGCUUCAAUAAUGUUCUGGUUUGGAGAAAUUUUAUUUGAUCUGUGCUCAGUUUAAUAUGAACACAAAAUUUUGUUGAAGAAUAAUUAUUUUUGAAAAAAUCUAGACAAUUGAUAUCCAGAAGUAGGAAAAACAGUGGCAAAAAUUAGCACUACAUUCUUCCUCUAAGCAGAGAAAAUGAACUAUAAUUAGUUAUAAGUAUCCCUAAAAGAUUAAUUUUGCUUUUCUCACCAUUUUGCAAAUCCAUAAUUUUAAAAUGUUUCAAAUUUGUUAAAGUUGUCUACAAUCCCCUACCCUCAAACAUUUUUUUCUCACCAAUAUGUAUUUUCUUUUGGGGGGGGAGCAGCUUUUAGGGAUACAAUCACAGAUCAGAUUGAUCUAUGAGAAGAAUUUUUAUAUAUAAAGCAUUAUUGAAAUCAUUCCCCUUAAUUCUGUCAAUAAACUACCAAUUUUUUAUUAAUUAAUAAACCAUAAUCAUUUACCAAUGCUUUCAUUCACCUUCAUGGCAGUUUUUAAAGACCUUAAGAAAUCUUUUAUUACCAUAGGAAAAUCUUAAUUUUCUGGAAAAGGAUUUUUAUAUUUUAUAACAAAGGCAGCUUUGGGUUCUGGGUUUUAUUUUGUUUGGUAAAUCCAACAUUAUUGGUAGUAUACCAUGUAUUUCAGUGGCAGCACACUUCUGUAUUAUUUUACACGAGGAAAUUGAAGCAUGUAGAAAUUCAUAUUGAAGUAAGUAGAACAAGAUUUGCAUAUAGGAUUUAAGACUACUAAUCUAGUGGAUUUUGAACUUUCCUAUCAGAGAUUGGGAGUGAGAUACCACACCAAAAGAGUUUCUAGAUUGCAGACUCUCUCAGUCUCUCACCAAAAAACUGUAGGAGUACCUUUACAACUAUCCUUAUAAAUAUAAUUGAUUGCAAAAUAUAUCCCCACCCUUUUUGUUGUAUCUAAAAUUAAUUUAAUAAGGCUCUU